UACAAUCAUUUUGAGGGAAAUAAUUCUUGCAUGAUGCACGUGCGUACGUCCGACCUCCUCUGCGGUGGUGGUCAGCUUGCUGAAGCUUCGCCGUCUUUUCUGGAGAAGCAGGCGAGAGCAAAUGGAGAAUGUGACUACUCUAACUGCCGCCAGAUUGGCGGGGAAGAUGAUGAGGGAGGUCCGACCGCUGUUCUACCUCGAGCUCCCAUCCACCAGCAGUUUCCAGCACGUCACCGAGGUCCCUGACUACUCAAAGCAGGUGACACCCUAUUUCUUUGCCAUGAUAUUCUUGGAGGUGUUCAUAAGAUGGAUGAAAGGAAUGCCGAGAGUUCGUUUCAAUUCAUCCAUAGACUCUCUCAGUGCUGGACUGUUUUUGCUACUCACCAAAGUACUCAUGGGAAGUAUAGACAUCAGCCUCUACGUGUGGGUUCACUCGCGGUUCUGUAUGUACGAACUGCCGUGGGAUUCGGCCCUGACGUGGAUUGUUGCUCUCCUGGGUGUCGAUUGCGGAUACUACUGGUUUCAUCGCAUGGCUCAUGGUAUCUUUCCUUCUCUCUCUAUUCUUUUCUUACACAUGUAAUUAUAUCUCAGAAGUGAACCUCAUUUGGGCAGCUCAUCAAGUGCACCACAGUUCCGAUGAUUUUACUCUCUCCUCUGCCCUUCGUCAGCCCAUCUCCACCGUCUUCUUCUCCAUGUUUGUGUAUCUGCCUCUGGCGCUGUUCCUUCCUCCAUCGCUCUACUUCACCCACAAGCAGUUCAACCUGCUUUACCAGUUUUGGAUCCACACAGAGGUUGUCGAUCGUCUGGGGGUACUGGAAUGGGUGUUGAACACUCCAUCUCACCAUCGCGUCCACCACGGUCGCAACCCUUACUGCAUCGACUGCAACUAUGCUGGUGUUCUGAUCAUCUGGGACAGAAUGUUUGGAACCUUCCAACCAGAGCUCCGUGAGGAAAAGGUGGUGUAUGGUCUGGUCCACCCACUCUCCUCAUGGAACCCCUUCUGGGCACAGAUACACCACUAUGUAUACAUCGCGAGGAGACUGGUGCGGGGGGAGAAAGGAGAUGGCCUCGCAUUCAAACUGCAGUUCCUUUUCAAAGGUCCCGGCUGGUCGCCAGGGAAACCACGCCUCGGUCUUCGACAAGAUAUUCCUCAGGUCACCUUCCACCCUCUCCCCUCUCUCCCUCUCCCUCUCUCCUCUCUCCCACUCUCCCUCUCUCCCCUUUCCUAUCAUUUAUUUAUAUCACUUGUUACACAGGUUUCUCCAGAUGAAAAACCAUAUGAUCCAACGGUGCCGUUCUGGCUGAAUGUCUAUGUCGCCAUACACUUUGUCAUUUUGCUGAUAAUCGCCACGGUCAUGCGUAUUAUCCGCCAGGGUCUCCCUUGGCUUCAGACAGUGGCCCUGGUAUCCUACUGUAUGUUCUCACUCACUUGUCUCGGACUAUUCCUUGAGCGUAACCCCAGGGUCGUUCCCAUGGAGAUGACCCGACUGGCUGUGCUUCUCACAGCACUUACUCAGAGUUCCACUGUUUUCGCUGGUGCAUCGUCAGUAUCUCUGGUAUUCUCUCAUCCCGUCAUCCUCAUGAUACCGGUUGCCACGUCACUGGCACUAUGGAGCUUCAAACUGCUGUCUGGCCACGUCCUGACCACAGACCCACAGCAACUAAGACCGAUUGACGAGACCAAACUAUGUGCUAAUGGACACAGUUAUCCCACCUUUUGUGUUACUACCAGGUUUUUGAUUUAUAUAUCAGUG